AUGCUAAUCUUUGAAUGGCGGAGACGUUUCCGCCAAUAUUUUCGUUCUCCUCCUAGUUCUACUGCUACAUAUAAAAAAGUAAGUUUUUGUUAACGGUUUCAUUUUUAGAUUUAUGAAAAAUGUCAAACUUUAAAGAAGACGUUUUAAAGUUAUUCAUUUUGACAUAAAUAAUAUUCUAAAUUACGUUGUAAAUGGAUAUCUUAAGUAUAAUGCAACAUUUCUUUCAGGCUGCAAAAAAUAAACUCCUGUUUACCUUUGUUGUGUUUGCUAUCGGCUGGCAUUUAGCUGGUGAUACUGUCAUGGAUUACUUGUUCUUCAAAAAGGACGAGGAAACUGGCGAACUUAUCUUCAUUCCCCCUAUCAAAGCUCGACAAGAACGUAUUCGUCUUGGCCGAGAAUACGAUAAGGAGACUUUGCCUGUUUCUCAACAAAAGUUUGCCUUUGAUGCCUAG